AUGGUUAGCGUUGCCGGGGGCCCCGCAACAAGCGGUAAUCAAAAGGUUGUUCAGCAAUAUUCAACUUUGGUGACUCAUUCAGACAAUGGUGGGUUUAUCAGCUGUGUUCGGUCCGGCUCUCUCCCCUCAUGGCAUCAUGACAUUCGGCGGUCCGCUGGCCGCUACGUGAUGGCGUGUCAUUGGUUGACUUCAUUGGUUGAUAAGGCUGGAUGCGCAAUCCCAUUCAACGAACUACGUGGCUCAAUAUUUCAACAGCAAAGACAGAAAGCUGUGGCACAAUUGAGGCAGGAGUUUCCAUUGGGCGCCUUCACAUAUGUUGAUAUCUACAAAUUAAAAUAUACCAUGUUUCACGAUGGAGCCAAGCACGGUUUCACCGAAACGAUAAAGAAUUGCUGUGGUUUUGGUGGAAGGUAUAAUUUCAACUUGAAACAGGGCUGUGGAUCAACGGAAAUUGUGAAUGGGACGCAGGUGGUGUUGGGAAAGGCAUGUGACAAACCAGGAGAAUAUGUUGUUUGGGAUGGAGUACACUUCACUGAAGCAGCUAACAAAUUUAUCUACAACAAUAUUGUUAGUGGAGCUUAUUCGGAUCCCCCUGUUCCUUUGGAUAUGGCUUGCCACAGAAUGGAUUGAGCCAGCUAGUUUUCAUUUCUGUUUAUGCACAGGCUAGCUAGAUUUUCCAUCUUCUCUUGUUAGCAAUGCACAUUUUAGUUGAAAAUAAUUAAUAAAAUUUGGAAGCAGUUUCUUAGUUCU